AUGUCAGCCGAAGCUCAUGCUCUCGCUAAACCAGAGGUGAUCAAAGGUGCCCAACUACAUGCCGAUGUCAAGAUCGACAGAGAUACACCACCAAUAAGCCCAUCAUUGGCAGUUGUCUGCAACAACUUUACAGCGUUCAAACAUAUUUACAACAACUUCCCAAAUUGUACAACAUUGAACAAUGAUGAUAUUGCACGAAUAUUCCUUCAUGGCAACAUCGAGAUACUACAACUAUACCUCGCCACACCGACACACGGACUAUCAACUGACACGAUCAAACAUCUUCCAUUGGCCCUGGACACGGGCAACGAACAAUUUGUGCGUAUCAUACUCCAACAUUUCAACAUUAAUGAUUGGGGCAUUUACGAUCAUCUCAUUGUAAGGACCUUCAAAUUCUUGAAGUGUCAUGGCGUCAGUAUUCCAAUGCUGAGGAUGCUGCACGUGGAGUUCAACUGUCUCUUUGGACUGUCUCAUCUCUGGACUUCGGCUCUCAUUCAUUCAGUCAAGUACAACCUCGUGGACAGUGUUCAAUUCAUCUUGAACGGGUUAGGGAUAUCAAAGUCUGAGUUUAGAGCGAACUACCUCUCAUUGCUUGUCGUAUGUCUAAAGCUUUGUGCAAAGAAUGGGAAUGUCAACAUGUUCAACGUGUUCAAACCGCCAAGGAAUCUCAUCUUGAGGAAGAUGAACCAACUUGUACAGAAGGCUGUCAACCGAGGCCACUAUACAUUCAUCAAAUAUCUACUCGAUAAUCAUGUUGAUCACAAAAGGACAACACUGGCACAAUAUUUUGAUGGAUGUUUUGUAGCUGGCUCCAACUACACGAGGAUACGCAUCUCACCAAAGUUCGCAAUAAGGAAUGAUGACACGGUCGCCUUUGAUCAAUCAAACCUCGAUGGAAUGGACUCGGGAUUAGAUUUGAGUGCCAAGGUUUGUCGAAGGUUGUCAAAAUCAAUGGCAGAGUGCAUUGCGCGUCCAGGACGCGCCACCCCCUUGAAGAUGACAAACCAAACGAUCGUCAACAUGGUCGAAGCCAUUGGCAUUCCAGGAAGCAACAUCACCGACGAUAUGGUCUGCCAGAUGAUGACCAAUUGCAACAUCAGCCAUUCAUCCAGCUCGAAUGUCUCGCUGAAGAUGGCCGCUGCAAACUCAGCGCGACUGACACAGUUCUUACUGGCCUCACCUCACUUUGAACAAAGUCAAUUUAGAAACAUUUACUCCUUGGUUAGUUGUGUCAAUCAGUUGUGCAGGCCGACCAUGGAGAUAUUAUUCAAAUAUUUUGAGCCUGCAGAGCUCAAGAAUUUCAAGGAUCCGGCAUUCAGAUUCAUCGCCUUGUCCACAUCAUUGGAGGACAUUAUCUUUAUGUUGGAUCACCUGGUACAUAUCAGAAACAACCCAAAAACUUGUAUCUUCGCCAUCCUCAAUCCAAACCCGGAAGUGUUUGAACAUUUCAUCAACAUGUACAUAUUGGAGCAGUUCCAACUUGAUCACGGUGACAAUUUAUUGUACCAUUUCUCCUCUGAAGCAUUGACGGUGGACAAACCAUAUAUUGUACAAUUACUUCAACAACGAUUUCCAGGAGUUGAACUUGGAUAUUUUGUCGACAAACCAACAGUUGGAUCACUUCUAUCCUUGGGUGAUAAAAAUGCUUAUCACUCACUUGAGUUCCUCUUCAACUCAUCACACUUUACCAACAUGCCAAUCAAUCAACAAUUAAGUACACUAGAAUCAAUAAUCAAUCGUGGAUAUGACAUUGGAGCAUUACAAGUUGUCAACCUGUGCGCCAACAAGAUAAAGUCCAUCAGUCGCGACCCUGUCAACUUCUCAUGA